AUGACUAUUCGCAAACUGAAACCAUUACAAUGUAUCUUCUAUGUUAUUGGUCAAAUAUUGGGUGCGUUUAUAGGAGCUGCCCUGGUCUAUCUUGUCUACUUGAAGCAGUUUGAUGAACUCGAUGGUGGUAUACGAAAAAUGACUGGCCCCAAUGGUACAGCUGAUAUUUUCUUUACGAUGCCUGCCGAAGGUACACCACAUUGGAAUGCGUUGAUCGAUCAGAUUGUCGGCACCGCUAUUCUAAUGGUCUUUGUCAUGGCAGUUACACAUAAAUUGAAUCAUAUGGUAUCAGAAGCAGUCAAACCGGUUGCAUUUGCGCUGAUCGUUACAGGCAUUAUUUGUGCAUUUUCAAUUAACGCUGGAGCUGCAAUUAAUCCUGCUCGUGAUUUGGGUCCACGUCUUUUUGGAGCACUUGUCUAUGGUUGGAAUGAUGUAUUUGGUGUGCAUAACUAUUUCUUUUGGGUACCGAUCGUUGGUCCAAUUGUCGGAGCUAUUCUUGGUGUAUGGAUCUACCAAGGUUUUAUUUGGAUCGUGAAGCACUAUGGCCAUCUUUCCAAUAUUGAAGAUAGUAAUGCCGAUAAAAAGAUGGAUUCCAAAGCGAUACAGAUAACAGAGAAUGAUUUAUCAGAUCUUUGA